AUGAACUUCCGCCCUCCAAGCCAAGUGCAGCCGUCUUUCAAAACUAGAACCCAGGGUACCUUUGUCCGACCGCUGUGGAGGGAUAUGCCUUCGGUUUUCACGGCACCGCGCGAUAGGUGGCAUAUGGAAUAUACAUGGGUUAAGUCCUGGUUGAGCAACUUUGCCAGUGUGCUCCAAUAUUGCAAGCGCGAAAACUCCUUUCCUCUCCUUCUAAGCAAGCGGCGCCACUUCGCCGCAAAGCUCCAGGAAGAUAUGUACAAAGCAUUUGCCGAAGGCAACAUUGCUGAAAUCCGCCAGAUCUGCUGCGACGGUCUCGUUAAACAACUAAGCAAAAGUAUCGAGCGCCGGCCGAAGAAUGAGAAAUUGACCUGGAAACUGGUCAAGUACCUACGAAAGCCAAGCACACACUUCACUGGCCUCCGCGUCGUCUCAGACCGCGCGUCAUCCAUCCCCGAUCUCCCGAAAUCCGGUAUCCGACAAGUUGUCGUGCGUAUCACGAGCCGACAGUCUACAACCACAAGUCAGAUCCAGAACCCCAGCGGAAAGGAACCCACAGAGGCUACCACCGUUUCCACCAAGGAGCAGGACUGUGUCGAGCACAUUGUCAUCCAGCAUCUCCGCUGGAACGACCAGGAUAAGGGCUGGAGAGUCUGGGGCUACGUCAAUCCCACCUCAUUGCAUGAGGCUUACAAUAAUCCCAGCUUUGCGCCUGGAUUGUCAGCCCUCGAGCGUAUGCAGAUGAUCCAGGACUCGAUGGGCAAGAAAUGA